GGGUUUGCGGCUGUUGCGGAGCGCUCCGGCCCCGCUACAAGCGCCUGGUGGACAACAUCUUCCCCGAGGAUCCCGAGGAUGGGCUGGUGAAGACCAACAUGGAGAAGCUGACCUUCUACGCGCUCUCGGCGCCGGAGAAGCUCGACCGCAUCGGGGCGUACCUGUCCGAGCGCCUCAUCCGCGACGUCGGCCGCCACCGCUACGGCUCGGUGUGCAUCGCCAUGGAGGCCCUGGACCAGCUGCUGAUGGCGUGCCACUGCCAGAGCAUCAACCUCUUCGUCGAGAGCUUCCUCAAGAUGGUGGCCAAGCUGCUGGAGUCGGAGAAGCCCAACCUCCAAAUCCUGGGAACCAACUCCUUUGUGAAGUUUGCCAACAUCGAGGAGGACACGCCCUCGUACCACCGCAGCUACGACUUCUUCGUGUGUCGCUUCAGCGAGAUGUGCCACUCCAGCCACGCCGACCCCGACGUGCGCGCCAGGAUCCGGAUGUCCGGGAUCAAGGGGCUGCAGGGCGUGGUUCGGAAAACGGUGAACGACGAACUCCAGGCCAAUAUUUGGGAGCCACAGCACAUGGAUAAAAUCGUCCCCUCCCUCCUCUUCAACCUCCAGCAGGCGGAAAACCCGGAAAGCCGCUCUCCGUCGCCGCUCCAGGCCUCGGAGAAGGAGCAGGAGAAUCCCUGGGAAUUGAAUUCCUAUUUCCCCCUGGAAUUCACAUUUUUCCCGGUAAUUCCCGUUUUUCCCGGAAUUCCCUUUUUUUUUUUUUCCCUGUUUUCCAGCCACCUUGACAGCCACUCCCUGUGGGAGCCGCAGGUCUUCGCCCGCAGCUGCUUCCGGAUCAUCAUGUUCUCCAUCCAGCCCCAGCAUUCCCACCUGGUGAUCCAGCAGCUCCUGAGCCACCUGGAUGCCAACAGCCGGAGCGCGGCCCCGAUCCGGGCGGGAAUUGUCGAGGUGCUCUCGGAAGCGGCCGGAAUCGCCGCCUCCGGAUCCGUGGGCUCGUUUUCGGGGACGCUGCCCCCGUACCAGCAGUCGGAGGUGAUGAUUUUCAUCAUGAACAAAGUUCCCAUUCCCGAAAAUUCCCGGAAUUCCCGGAAUUCCCUGGAGCCGCCCUCCGGAUCCGACGGGUGAGGCCCCGCCCCCA